AAAGCUAAUAUUCAACCUCGUUCCCAAGGCUUUCUAUUUUUGGUAAUCAGACCACCUCCAGGUAAUUAAUUUUUGCGAUUUUUGCAAUUUUUGGUCCGUUCGUUUGAAGCUCUAUUUUCGCAAAAUUUUCGAAAUUCGCAAAAUAUCAGAGCUUGCCAACUUCGCAAGAAUUAAAUUUUAUUUUCGAAAAAAUUAUAAAGAAAAUUAAUUCCCCUCUCGGCUGAAGUAGCCAAGAAAAAGGCUAAAGACGAAGUUGUUUUUCUUUUCCCAAUCUCAUACAUACCCUCAUUUUAAAUUAAAAUAACAAUAAUAGUCAUUACCUCAAGGAUUUAAUUCCGUGAAUGAGCGAUUUAAAACAUUUUGACGGUGCGAAAUAGUAAAAUAUCAAUAUCUCAAGUGAACUCACCAACUUCUUAUUAUUAUCAAAAGGCCCGCCCGUGAUAAGCUCGUGAUUUGAAAGCGAAAGGAAAAGAUUUCCUGACCCUUUCGGUUACGACUAAACAAGCUUUUUAUAUGGAAAACACUCUAUUUUUACGUAUAAAUAAUUAUUGAACACAUCUGCCAUAAUAAAUUUUACUAAAAUGCAUUUUCAGGUUGUGGUUGCAGUGUACUUGGCAAUAAAUUUCCAGCCAAAAUAAUGAUUUCGGGGGAUCUGGAUAUAAUAUUCUUGCAAAACAAAACAUUGGAACAUGGCAGUCUUCGAGAACGCUACGCUACUACAAAAAAGUUUUGUAUUGAUACCACUUUGUUAAAGUAGUUUAUCAAAAUGAUAGAGUAUGAAGCCCAUGCCACGUCGCCCUUACCAGAAAACACUUCUGUAACAAUGACAAUAGAUGCAGAAGGUGAGAUAGCAUUCCGUGAGUUUUUAAAAGAUUUAGCGUCUAGCUACGCUUCAGAAAGACAAAGAGAAGAUUUAAUCCGAAAGGGUUUACUUCGUACAUUCAAUAAAAAGUCUGAUAACAGAUUGGCUUCUGUUACACUAGAUUGCAUGAUCAAAGAACUUGCCUAUGGAUUUACCCAAAGGUUACUACCAGGAAGAACAACCGAGCUUAAAAAUGUAUUUGAUGGAUUGGAGUUGGGAGCUGUGUGCAAUAUUACUUUUAAAAGAAUCCAUCCUUCAAUGGAACCUGCCAAACAACAUAAUAAGUUUCAUAAUGUAGAGCCAUUACAAGUGAUAAAGUUAUUAAUAUCCAUAAUUGGAAACUGUAGCUAUAAGAAAUCCAUGGAAAGGUUUCAAAUGAUAAAUCCAAUGUAUGAAACCAAAAAAGAGUACAAGGUUGUGAUUUAUUCUGCUGAUCUAACAGACUUUCAGCUUAGCAAGUUUGAUCAAAUUUUUAUUAAUGGUCGAAGAGCUGUGAGGGCACGGUUUCCAAAUGUUAAUCCAGAAAUUAUGGGUUUACAUACUAUCCCUACUGGUUAUGUUCCAAUUGCAAGCAAAUGGCUCCCCCAUAUAAUAAACCAGACCCAGUAGAGAUACACAUUGAAUCACCAGUGCGACACACAUCACUUUUUCAGGAAUAUUUUCUGGGUAUAGAUGGAACCGUUGAACAAUUUAACCCACCAAAAUCUUAUUGGGGCGUAAAAAACCCAAGGAUCUAUGUAUAAAGUUCCUUCAGGUUUAUCUUAUUCAGAUGACUUAGAGAUGAACAGCCGACCCUGGAAAGAUGCUGCAACUGGAAUAGUGCAUUGUUUUCCAGACCAUCACUGGGGUAAUUGGAUAUUCAAACUAGACUCUCGAGAUGAGAAACUCAUGACCAUGGUCCAAUCAACACUUGGGACAGAGUGCCAUACUUGACAAGAGUUUACAAUGAUGAAUCAGUUUCUCUCCAGGUUCAACAGAAUUCCAUACAUCGAAAUUUUAUGAUAAACAACUACUGGUCAGUUUAUCCUAUUGAUCAUGAUGAUGGCUCAUCUUUCUGGAAUGACACACAUAACUUCAUUGUUUAUGGAGGUUUCAAAAAUUACUUGAGGCAUGAUUUAUAUUCUAUAAAAAAUGUUUAUGUAUAUCCGAAAACAGAUUGCUUAAUGACAGUUGGCCAAAAGUUAGGUCAAGCUGGUUAUGGAGAUGUUUAUGAACAAAAUACAUGUAUAGCUGCACAUACAAAGAUAUAUUGGCUUGGGAGUUGUACAUCGAGCUGAGCUAAAUCUUUUAUACCAUAUCUAGAGAAAAAUAGAUAUUAUACCCCAAAUGGAACUAUUACGACUCAGUGUGGAUCUGAGACAUGGAAUUUAGCAGGUUUUCAAAUGCAUGGAUACGAUUAUGGCAGUCUUGUUAAAGAGCUUGUUGGUGAUGAUGUUGUUAUACAAUGGGGAAAAGAACUGUUAGGGUUAUAAUGUAGCAUUUGCAGUUCACUAAAUUUAAAGAACUGGCCAUUAGAUUCAAAUUGAGAUAUAUAUUAAGGUCAUUAUUUAUUAAGGCUGCAGAACAGUGUGGGGAGAAAAAGAAUUUCUUACCAUGAUUGGUAGCAUUGACUAUAGACAGCAAGUCAUUACUGCAUAGCUCAAUGUAAUAUUUUGCAUGUUAUUUUCCACGGCAAUUACAGAUUCCUUACAUAAGUAAGAGUGUGGUACACGGCAUA